CAUGGUGUGUUUCAUCUUUCAGUUUGUACAUGAAGUGAGCUAAGUUCCUGUUCAUAAGUCAGAUUGGUUGAAUAAUUCUAACUUGAUUGGGACACUUGUUUGUCAAGUAAGACCAUUGGACAUAUUUCAGUUUUGACUGCCCAAUAAAUCUCCCCCAAUCUGAUAGUCAUCCAAUUGCAUUGAAUGAUUUAGGGUGAAACAUUUUUCUUCAUCAAAAACUUACCUCUUGCGAAGCAAUCAGAUUCAAAAAUCAAAAGCAGAAGUUGAUCGAUGUCAUGCAUUGUUGGAGAAACUACAGGCUCUCGAAUAAUCGAGAUAGAAAAGGAGUUAAAGAGACAAAUUAGUGAAACAAAUCUGCUCGAGAGUAGGUUGGAAGAGGCUUCGAGAGAGCCAGGAUGGAAAGAGAUCAUUGCAGAGUUCAAGGGACUGCUUUCAUCUCUCCCCAAGGAUAUGGAUGUUAUGCAAAGCCGACUAAGUGAGUAUAAAGAAGCUGCGUUGGAAGUUCAUUCUCUACGAGCUGAAGUUCAAUCUCUGUCUAAUAUUAUUGAUAGGAAGGUAACUGCGUUGGGAAUGCUAUCGAGUAGAUCUGCUGAACAAGUUGCUGAAAUACAGAAACUGCAGGCUGUGGUAUGGUCGCUUUCUUGUUAUCUUCUCUGGUGUGAGGUACAAAUGAUUCUAGAUUAA